CAAAGCGGAGUGUGCUAUGGUCUUUUCCGCAAAAUCAUUCUUUUGUUUUCAAUUCUCGAAAACUCAAGUUUUGUGUUAAUUGUUGCGUUAUUGUUGGGAAAGUCUUGUUUUUCUCGGUGAAAAUGACUGACAACGUAAAUAUUGACCGUUUAAAUCAAAUUUCCUCUGCGGUGAGUGAGCGUGAUAAGAAAAUUUGGGAAAAUGUGGCUUACAGCAUAGCUGUACGAAAAGAAACAGAAAAGCUAAAAAAUGAAACUGCGCACAUAAAAACAGCUACGGCUGAAAGGAAAAAAGAAAAUGACAUUUUGCGAAACCAGUUGGAAGAAUUAUCAAACACUUUAGCAACACAAAAACUAACGCUACAAGCGAGUGACCAUUCAGUUAUUUUGCAAAAAGAUUUGAAAGAAGGUGUAAAACGAGACCUUGACGAUUUUAAGAAAAAGUACAACGAGGUUUUGGAAAUGUAUAAUGAUGAGCUUAAGGAUUAUAAAAGUCUUUAUGAAAAUGCCUCUCAAAGUCAUAAAGAUUUGUGCAUAGAACAAAUUCGACUCAAAAAACUUGAAUUUACAAAAAUGGAUCUGGACGUAAAAAUUGCAGAGUUACAACGUAGACAAAAGGAGUUUGUCAAAAUCCAGAAACAAAUGUUUCAAAAAACGAUCGUAAAAUUUGCAGAAUUUUACACUCUUUAUCACAAAAAUGAAAAACUGCGUUUGGAAAUUGAGGCUAAAAAAAGGAUCGAGCAACAGUUGCUCAAGGAACACCUUCAAUUGUCAGAAGCAGCAAAACUAAAAAAGAGAUCACAAACGAGUAAAACUAAGUCUGCAACCACUUGUCCUUCCUAUUCUGAAAAACCGUUAGAAAAUCCAGUGCCGAUAAAGGAUGAUAAACUCGAGUCGACAAGGGACAAAUUAAAGAAAUUCUUCGAAGAAGAAAUUUUUCCUUGUAGCUUGACCUCUUUAAAUUCCCCCAAGAAAGCAGUGAAUUUCAGUCAAGACCACUCAAAAGUCAAAAUUCUGGACGUAAAAGUAAUGCCGCAAAUGUUCAAACCUGCGGUCGUAAAACCCAAUUUAGAUUUGCGCAAAAAAAUGCAGAACGUAAUGGAAACUGCAAAAAAAGAAGCACUACAAAGUCGUUCGAUUCAAAUUCAUCCCACAAAUUCGCAGUCUGGAUCUCAACAAAAACCACCCUCGCAAAAACGUUCAACUCAAAGCAAUUCCCAAACUGUUGCUAUAUCAACCCCCAAAGUGGAAAUUCCAGUCGAAACUCCGAAAGAAAAUGUCACCGGUUCAAUUCUGAAACCUCCAAGCCAGACAUUUGGCGAAAAAAACGAAACUAAUGUUGAAAAUGUUUCCAAGUUUUUCUCGUCAAAGAAAAAAACUGUCACGUUUCAAACAGAAACACCGAAAGAAAUAAGCAAUUUCCAGCUGUUUGGCGAAGAAAGUAAGAAAGCUCAGCCCGGGGAGGUCGCAAUGAAUGUGUUUCGAAAUUCGUUCUUUUUGAAAAAUGAUACGUUCCUUAAACCUGAAGAUAAGAAGGAAUUUCCUGAGGCUAGAAAUUCCGGGAGCGACACUGCUGUAAGUGAUCUGACAAAUAACGCGAGUUUCACGAUGGAGACGGGGCCCACUUUUAGCACCCUUGGGGGCGAAAAUUCGGACAAAAGUCCAGAAUUUAGUUUCGACUUGCUGAAUCAUUCGACUCAUCGUGAUGGUUUUGGGGCCUCAACAGCCCCUGUUACAGAAAGUACCCCCUUUAGUUUCAUGGGCUCGCAAACCAAAUGUAACAACCCAUUUAGUUUCUUCUGAUCACUUUCUUUGAAUUUCCAACAAUUCGUUGUAAAGAUUCUCAAAAAAAAAUCGUGUUCCACUUUUGUUAUAAUAACACACUUUCUUGUUGUCUCAUUAGUUUACAGUUAUUCAUGUCGUAAACAUGUGUACGAAAAUCGUCGUGUUUUUUUCUUUCCUGAUUUUGGUUCAAGCCCGUCAUCGUGUGACGCAACCCCGACCUAGUGUAGUCAUGUCAGCAAUUAGACUCUUCUGGGGCCCUAACAACGGGACUGUUAGUAAAUUCCCCCCGAUUAUAGAAUACUUCGUGCAGCGAAUACAAAGCCAGAAUUCUAAUUAUGUCCACGAGGAUUUGAGUCGGCCACCAACUUGGGAGAAACCGAUCUAUACUCUGUCACCCUCAGAGCAAUUAACUGCGUAUCAGCCUCUAGUUACGGAAAGCGUUACCAAAGAGAUACACCACGAGGACCCCACAACGCAGGAAUACGAAUACGAGGAGUUGCCCGACACGACGGAAAAGUUUUUCGAAAUUAUUACCGAUAAGAGUUCCGUUAUAUUCGCUUUGACCCGAGCACGCAUCGGUUUAUUUGCUUUUCACCAUGGUGGGCUAACGACAUAUUUAGCAUGGCAAAGCGGGCUAAUGAUUUUAUAACACUUUCAAUCAUGAGGUGCUUUGGAUUGGUUAUAGUGUCUUUGUGGUGUUGUGGUGCCAUUGCACGGUACGUUCCGGCAAGACAGCCCAGACAAGUGGGUAUUAUCGGAAGUUGGAUCCAAUCGUCCGAGUGGUUUCCCAUUGAAGUUAAUAUUCCCGAUACCAUUUCUGGAUUUGGCCAAAAUGUUGCAAACGCCGGUCAAGGAAUCUCGUCCGGUUUUAUGAAUCUGACAAAUGGUUUCGGGAAUUGGAUACAACAGAUACCGUUGUUUAAUAGGAUUACGUCACAAUUUGCUCCCAGACCGUUCAAAUACUACGUCCUAAUGCCAGUUAAGAGUGUGAGUGGUUUGGCUCCAUAUAAUCCGUUUCAAAAUGCUGUCAGUAAUUUUAUUCCAAUGUAUCCGUAAAAAAAACAAUAGUCAAG